AUGCUGUCGGGUCUGUUCCUGCGACGCGCAACACGCGCAGCGCCGCGUCUCCUCCGUCGGACCUACGCAUCGACAAGCCUGACCCCCCAGCAGAAAGAAAUCGUCAAGGCCACGAUCCCAGCGCUGGAGAAACAUGGCGUCGAAAUCACCUCCCUCUUCUACAAGAACAUGCUCGCCAAACACCCCGAACUCCACAACAUCUUCAAUACCGCCCAUCAGGCCACGGGCGAGCAGCCCGCCGCCCUGGCCCACGCCGUCUGGGCCUACGCCAGCAACAUCGACCACCCCGAGGCCCUCGCGACUGCCGUCUCCCGCAUCGGCCACAAACACGCCAGUCUAGGCGUCACGGCGGACCAGUACCCCAUCGUCGGGGAGCAUCUCCUGGCGGCGAUCAAGGAAGUCCUCGGCGACGCCGUCACGCCGCCCGUCGUCGACGCAUGGACCGCGGCCUACCAGCAAUUGGCCGAGAUCUUCAUCAACUUUGAAGCCGGGCUGUACCACCAAGCCGUCGACACCCCCGGCGGCUGGGCGGGCUGGCGUAAGUUCGUCAUCUCGAAGAAAGUCCCCGAGAGCGACGAGAUCAUCUCCUUCCACCUCACCCCCGUCGACGGCGGCAAGCUGCCCACCUUCAAGCCGGGCCAAUUCGUCAGCGUCCGCGUGUACGUCCCCGAGCUCGGCGCCUACCAGCCGCGCCAGUACAGCCUGUCCGACGUGCCGAACGGCGAGCGCUUCCAGAUCUCCGUGAAGCGGGAGUUUGCGUCUGGGGUUCGACCGGCCGGUCGCAUCUCGAACGUGCUGCACGAGUCGCUGCCCGAGGGCGCGGAGGUGGAGAUCAGCAUGCCGUUUGGUGAUUUCGUCCUGGACAUCAAUGCCACCACCCCCGUCGUCCUGAUGAGCGGCGGCGUCGGGCUGACCCCCAUGAUGUCCAUGUUGAAGUCCAUCACGAAUCUGUCCAAGUCGCGGCCCGUCGUGUUUGUGCACGCCGUGCGGAAUGGACGUGUGCAUGCGAUGAAGGACACCUUGGCCAAGAUCAUGGCGGAGAACCCCCAGGUCAGCAGAGCCGUCUUCUACGAGCAUGCGGCGCCCGAGGACAAGCAGGGGGUGGACUACGACUACGUCGGACGCGUGGAGCUCCCUAAGAUCAAGGAUAAAGUGUUACUUCCUGAUGCAGAUUAUUACAUCUGUGGACCGUUGCCGUUUAUGAAAGCGCAGAGUCAAGACUUGCAGAAGAUGGGCGUGCCCGAGGAUAAGAUCCAUAUGGAGGUCUUUGGGUCGCCGAGUUAG